AUCCAUCAGUCGAAAGCACAAGCGCUUAGAGGAGCUAUUCUUUUCCGAGCUGAAGGCCCUAGGAGAUGUGAGCGGCAAUACCCUUGACUCAAUCAAAGAAAGCGAGCUCCUCGAAAUACUCGCCGAGUGGGAAAAGCCGGGGCGCGAGUCUCUGCUGAAGCAUUUGCUCCAGCACUGGCUACCUGCUCCGUCAAAUACAGAUAUCAGAUACUGGUCGGCUCUUCACUGGGCCGUUCACGGAUCCGCAGCCGUGGUGGUCUGGUGGCUUCUGUCAAAGGGGGAUACAGAUCGGGCGAUGCGAUCAGAGACUGCCAAAAAGAUCCUCUGGCGAAAGCAGACGCAAUCGGGCGGAUCAUUCAGAAUCUCCUGCGGAAUCCACCGCCGCAGAUGUACGAGAUUGCGAAUCCCGUAGAUGACGAGCGGCCCUUUCCCCCGAGACCGAUGGACUGGGAGGAUCAACGACCUGAUCUCCAUGGAUUCAUCGUGCAUGUUUACUCUCAGAAUGGAAAAACCGUCGUGCCAUAUACGAGCGAUACUCUCCACGGCAUCAUUUACAGCCAAGGGCCGACUGCUCUCUCAAAACGCGCGGAAAUGCUCGAACAGAUAGACUUGAAUAUCUUGAAGAAGAAGCUGGGAAAUGUUCCGAGCGAAGACCAAAGCCUUCCUAAUAUCUGGAAUCGAUCUCGAACUCCAUCUGGCGGAGUCAGAAGCACUAUCACCCGUCGCCAGCUGCGGCAUGACUAUAGUGACUCCUCGGAGAACCUGAAGCUUCGUUGGAUUCAUCUGCCUGUGAAUGAAUUACAGUUAACCAAGGACCUUGUAACGAGACUGUCGCACGACUCUGGCCGAUCGGAGAUGGACCAUAGGAACUUUAUGAAGUUCUUCAACAGAAGCUGGACCGAGCUCGCGGCAGGCGCAAGGCAACAUUAUAUGAAGCCGCUGUGUCUGCGCGCGCAAAUAAAUGAGCGCGGUAAACACAGAACUUGCACCGCUGUCUACGUGAGUGGAACAUAACUAUCUCCCCUUGUUCUUAUUAUUAAGCCAACAACAGAUGCCGUAUCUGACACUGGGUGAACACGACCCAAAGCAUCCCAAGAAGCGAACUCUUUCCGGAGUAAAGCAAAGUGGAGAUGAUAACUUGAUCGGCAGAAGAGAUUCCAGACACGUCGCGCAUGUCCCUCUGAC